GUCACAGCACGACUAGUCUACAGCACGACUAGUCUACAGCACGACUAGUCUACAGCACGACUAGUCUACAGCACGACUAGUCUACAGCACGACUAGUCUACAGCACGACUAGUCUACAGCACGACUAGUCUACAGCACGACUAGCAACUACAACACCACCACGACUAGUCUACAGCACCACGCCCAGCGACUACAACACCACGACUAGCAACUACAACACCACAACUAGACUACACCACCACGACUAGUCUACAGCACCACGCCGAGCGACUACAACACCACGACUAGUCUACACCACCACAACUAGUCUACAACACCACGCCGAGCGACUACAACACCACAACUAGUCUACAGCACCACGCCGAGCGAUUACAACACCACCACUAGUCUACACCACCAACAGACGAGAGACUACGACAACAGCAGCAGCGGCAGCAUGUCCAAGAGGCGCGUGCGCUGGAUCGCCGAGCUCGCGGAGCGCGUGCGCGAGGUGUGGGCCGUGUCGCGGCGGCAGCCCGACAGCGUCCGCCACGCGCUCGACCCCUCCACGAUGCGGCGGCCCCACACGGGCCGGCGGCUCCCGGCGCGCGCCUGGGCGGACGCGGCGCGCGAGUCGCGGCUGCCCGCGCUGCUGGGCGCGGCGCGGCGCACGGGCCUCGGCCGCCUCGCCACGCGCGCCUCGUGGGCGGCGCUGCGCGGGGACGGCGCCGCGUGCUGCUGGCGCGUGACGGCGGUGCGCCUCGACUACACGGCCAGCGAUCUGGACCAUGGGAAAGCGUGGGGCGUCCUCACCUUCCAGGGCAAGACCGAGGGAGAGGCCCGCGAGAUCGAGCAGGCCAUGUACCACGACUGGCGGCUCAUCCCGCGGCACGAGGAGGCGGCCUUCAUGGCGAGAUGCGUCCCGGCCCCCCAGGAGGAGGACACGGGCCCCCGGCUGGUCCCCUUCCCGCCGCUGCUGCGAGCCAUGGUCCUCGCGCGCGCUGCCAAGGAGGGUCGCGAGCAGAGCGAGCCGAUGCUCGAUCUCGCUUUGGUGUCGCUCGGCAAGCAGCUGCAGCAGCAGAGGGAGGCCAGGUUGAAAGGCAGAUGCCUGUAGGUAGGCGAGGAGCGUCGUCAAAUGUGUAGGCAUUUUUUAGUUCAUCAACGUCAUGGUCUUGCCUGAAUAUUUGUGAUUUCCACGAGCCCUCUGGUUAAACGUAUGUACUGGAUGUCCUCUGAUCUGGAAAAUAGUCUGGUGUAAUAUUUUUUAAUGAACAAACGUCAAUGUUCCUGAGCCUUCUGGUAUAAUAGUAAUAAUGUGUGCUUAUAUGUAUGUGCUUGGAAUGGUUCAAAAUAGGGACAUGUUGCACCUAUGUAAUAUACUUUACACUUGAAUAAAUAGUAACUGAGAAACUGAUGUCUUAAUAGUAUUGUGUUCAUUAGCUGAUCUCACACGUCGGCAUGUGUGGUCAGCCUGAGUGAUGAUGUGAUAUAAUCUGCCAGUAGGUGGUAGUGUUUGCUUGUUUCAUUGAUGUGUGUGGUACUGUGUUUAGUCGUUUUCAUUCCUUAAUACUCUAAAAA